AUGUCAUAUCAUUCAAGACAACCUUCAGUUGCUUCUUCCCUAUUAUCUUCAUCAACUUUCAAUACUUCACAAAUAAACAAAAUUGGUCCUUGGAAAUUAGGUAAAACUCUUGGAAAAGGUUCAACUGGUCGUGUCUUAUUAGCUGAAAAUUUAAAUACUCAACAAAAAGCUGCUGUUAAAGUUGUAUCAAAAUCUGUCUUGAAUUAUUCUGAAAAUGGUGAUGAAAAAGGUCGUGAUGCUGCUGGUUUAGCUUAUGGUAUUGAAAGAGAAAUUAUUAUAAUGAAAUUAUUAAAUCAUCCAAAUGUCCUAAGAUUAUAUGAUGUUUGGGAAACUUCAAAAUCCCUUUAUUUAAUCUUGGAAUACGUUGAAGGUGGUGAAUUAUUUGAUUUAUUAGUUGAAAAAGGUCCCCUUUCAGAACAAGAAGCUCUUGGUUAUUUUAGACAAAUCAUACUUGGUGCUUCUUAUUGUCAUGCCUUGGGGAUAUGUCAUCGUGAUUUAAAACCUGAAAAUUUAUUAUUAGAUCAUAAUUUAAACAUUAAAAUUGCAGAUUUUGGUAUGGCUGCCUUGGAGAAUAAUGAUCGUUUAUUAGAAACAAGUUGUGGUUCACCUCAUUAUGCUGCUCCAGAAAUCGUUAGUGGGAAACAUUAUCAUGGGUUUGAAAGUGAUGUUUGGUCUUGUGGUGUUAUUCUUUUUGCACUGUUGACUGGUAGAUUACCAUUUGAUGAUGAAAAUAUUAGAUCUUUAUUAUUAAAAGUUCAAAAUGGUGUUUUUGAAAUGCCAAUGGAUAUUUCUAUUGAAGCCCAGGAUUUAAUUUCUAAAAUGCUUACAGUGGAACCAAAUCAAAGAAUUAAAACUCAUGAAAUCUUGUCACAUCCAUUAUUGUUAAAAUAUCCAUUAAGUGAAAUGGAUUCUAAAACUUUAAAUGAAUUACCAAGUCCAAAUACUUAUCUAAGUUCAAUUAAUUCAAUUGAAGAAAUUGAUCAACAAAUCUUGGAAAAUUUAAUCAUUUUAUGGCAUGGUAGAUCUAAACAAGAAAUCAUCAAGAAUUUAUUAAAACCAGAAUCAACAACUGAAAAAAUUUUUUAUUUCCUGCUACUACGAUACAGACAUAAUCAAUCAAAUAAUCAAUCAAGUCUUGCAAGAUCUUUAUCAAUCGCUAAAUCUGUUAAUGGAGGUGGUAAUAAUCGUAUGAGUGGGUUUUAUUCAUCAAGUUCUUCAAAUAAAACUCCAUCACCACAAAACAAUUCAAAUAGAACUCCAAAAAAAAAUAGAAGAUCUGUUAUUAGUGUUUCUUCAUCUCAUAGAAAAUCUGUUUCUUUUAAUACUAAAACCAAUAGAAGAUCUUUAAAAGAUUUAAAUGAUUUAUCAAAUAAUAAUAAUAAUAAUCAACAACAACAAUCACAACAACCACCAGUUCCAAAGAAUAUCAUGAAUGAUUAUACUUUCAGUGCUCCUCAACAAUCUGUUCCUAUUGCUUCUGGAUUAGGAUUACAAUCAAAUGGUUCAAAUAUUGCUCCAAUUGCUCCAAUUCAUUCUUCUGGUCAAGGUGUUAUGAAAAAAUCACAAUCUAAAAGAAGAUCAAUGAGAACUUCUUUAUUACCAUCAAAAAGAUCUUCUGUUACUUCGAAAUUAAUUGCAGUUUAUGCCAAAUUAGCAAAUGAUAAUGAUUGGGAAUAUAUUGAUAAAGAAGCCAAGAGAACUUCAUCAGAUUUUGCAACUCUUUGUGAUGAAAUUUUUGAACAUGAAAAACAUGAAAAAUUAAGACAAGAAAGAUUAAAAAUUGAACGUGCUAAACAAUUAGAAUUAGCUAGAAUUAGAGAAGAAGAAGAAGCUAAAUUAAAAGCUGAAGAAGAAGCUAAAAGAAUUGAAGAAGAAGCUAAACAAAGAGCUCUUGCUGAAGCUGAACUAAAUUCAAGAGGUGGUGUUGUUAUGGAUGAAGAUGAAUUUGGUAAUGUUAAUGGUGGUUCCAAGAUUGAUAAUAAUAAAUUACGUUCAGUAAGUGGACCAAAUGAACGAAUUUCUCAAAUUAUUGAUAAAGAUGAAAUUUCCAAGAUUCAACAAAGAGCUAUUUCUCAUCCUUUAACUGCAAGACCAAAAUCAAGAUUAGAUCCUGGUUUAAAUAUUAAUGAAAAAAAUUGGAGAACUUCAAAAUUUUAUUAUGAUGAAAAUGAUUCAGUUGUUCAAGCUAUUAGAAGAUCAAAAUUUCUUGGUUCAAAAUUUGAUUUAGAUUUAAAAAGAAAUGGAACUUUAAAUAAACAAAAACAAAUUCCAAAACAAUUUAAUGAUGAACAAAUUGAUAAUCAAGUUGAUAAUAAUAAAAGAUUAUCAAAAAUUGAAAAAAGAGAAUCUCAAGUUGUUGAUUAUAAUGGACCAAGAACUAUUGCAGAUGUUAAAAUUCCUCAAGUUACAAGAAAAUCAAGACAUUUUUCUGCAUCAAAUAAAAGAUUAUCAGUUUUAUCAAUGUAUUCAACAAAAGAUUCUUAUACAAAUUUAGCUGCUAAAUUAAAAGAAUUAGAUGAAGUUCCACAAACAAAUAAUUAUCAAGUUAAAAAAUCUUCACCAUUAAUUCAACAAGAAUCUCCAAAAAAAACUGCUCAAUCUCAUUCAAAAUCAAGUGGGUUAAGAUUAAGUUAUGCUGAUCGUUUAACUGCAUUACAAGAAUCAACUGAAGAAUCAACUCCAAUCUUGACAAAUGAUUCAAAUGAUGAUAAAUUGAAUGAAGUUGAUGAUGAAGAAGUUACUCAACAUGCAGAUGAUUCUAUGUAUAAAGGAUUAAAUAUUCCAGAUUUACCAGAUGAAUUAGAUCCAAUUUCUACAGCUAUUAAACCUAAAAAGAAUAAAAUUCCAAUUCAUCAAGAUUUUAAUAAUCCUCAACAUCAACAAAAUGAUAAACCAUAUAGAAGACAAUCACAAAUUGAAUCUAAAACUUUACCAAAACCAAAAAGAAAUGCUCCAACAGUUCCUGCUAAUGCAUCCAUAUCUACAACUCAAAUUCAUAAAGAUCCAUUACAAGAUGUUACAACUAGUAAUAACAAUAAUAAUAAUAAAAGAUCUGGUAGUGGUGGCUUCUUUAGAAAAUGGUCAUUAGGUAAAAAAGAUCCAAUUAUUAUUGAUGGUCAAGAACAACCAAUUCCACAAUCAACAAAUUUUUUCAAAAAAUUUACAUCAAAUCCAACACCUAUUCCUGGUAAGACUUUAAAUACAGUUUAUGAACCAAUGGAAAUGUAUCAAACUUUGAAAAGAUUAUUAAUGGGUUGGAAUGAUUAUGGUUUGAAAAAUAUUAAUGCUAAAGAUGAUUUAUUAGUUUUAGAAGGUGAAAUUUCUAAAAAUAAUAUUAUGAGUAUGAAUAGUACUAAAUUUAAAUUAAAUGUUGAAAAUUAUGGUAAGAAAGGUUCAUGUAUUAAAUUUGAAAAAAUUAAAGGUUCAACUAAAAGUUUUAAAACUUUAGUUAAUGAGAUUGAAAGAAUUUUAAAUAGAGAAAAUGUUUUAGCUUUUUCUAAUUGA